AUGAGAAGCGCAGUUCUCACAUUGAUUGUCAUAUCCGCAGCAACGGCUCAGGAUUGCCAACGGACGCAUAUAUUUUCAUUUAUGGAGCGCCUGCAGCCAAUAGAUGUCAUGGAACCACCUUGGGAUGAACAUUUGGCAGCAGUUAUAGAGCACGGACUUCCACAACAGAGCGAAGCAUUCGCAAAAAUAAAGAACUCCAACCUCUUCAUUUUACUUAUCGAGGGAUUUAUGAUCAUCGAGGGGCCAAAUGCGACCACGUCAUAUUAUCAUUUAAUGGGCAAAACGAAGGGCGUAUUUGACAACCGAGCUGUACAUUUUUUCUACAAAAAGUCUCCAAUACAACGUGUAACGCUAACUGAAUUCAGGAAUCAAGCACAAUUAUGCAAAAUAAAGCGUCCAGCAAUGAGGAGUUUCCGCUUUCAGGGACGAUUUGCUCAAUAAAAUAGUUUAAAUUAUUUUGAUUUUUACAGCAUUGUUCAUUGCGUUGCAUUCCUUUGAUGUAUGUACAUGCACUUG